UUUUCUAGUCAAGCGAUAGCCAAACUAAGACCUAACCAAACCUUCCUUGACCGAUCCUUCUUACUCUCGGUUUCUUGAAGCAAAUUUCUCACUAUAUUUUUGUGUCAAAAUAUCACGUUCAAAUCACUAGCAUUUCAUAUCUUUUUCCUGUAAGUUCUAGACAAGCGACACCCAAACUAAGACCUAACCAAACCUUCUUUGACCUAUCCUUCUUUACUCUCUGUUUCUUGAAGCAAAUUUCUCACUAUAUUUUUGUGUCAAAAUAUCACGUUCAAAUCACUAGCAUUUCAUUAUCUUUUUCCUGUAAGCUGUCCUUUAUUUGUUAAAAGAAAAACACUUCUCAAGAAUUGCUUCUCUAACAACUGUUUAUUGACAUUCCAACUAUACAUUCCUCCCUACCUUUUAUUAUUAACAAAAUUGCCAGCUCACAUUUCCUAUACUGCUUUGUUUUGCUCACAGAUUUGUUGGCAGACAUAAGAUGAGGAAUUGGAAAUGUGUUUUUCUUUUGCUUCUUCAUCUUGCUUUCUUUUUGGCAACUGAAGCCCUCAAAUUUCAUAGGACUCAACGUACUGAGAGAAUUUCAGGUAGUGCUGGUGAUGUCUUAGAAGAUGAUCCUGUUGGGAGGUUAAAAGUUUUUGUAUAUGAGCUUCCCAGCAAAUACAACAAGAAAAUUCUUCAGAAAGACCCACGAUGUCUCAGCCACAUGUUUGCUGCGGAGAUCUAUAUGCAUCGUUUCCUCUUAUCUAGCCCUGUCCGAACCCUUAAUCCCGAGGAAGCUGAUUGGUUCUACACCCCUGUUUACACCACUUGUGACCUGACACCAAAUGGCCUUCCUUUACCCUUCAAGUCACCACGAAUGAUGAGGAGUGCAAUACAACUUAUUGCUUCUAAUUGGCCUUAUUGGAAUAGGACAGAGGGUGCUGAUCACUUCUUCAUUGUCCCACACGAUUUUGCUGCUUGUUUUCAUUAUCAAGAGGAAAAGGCUAUUGGCAGGGGAAUUCUUCCGUUGCUCCAGCGUUCAACUUUAGUUCAAACUUUUGGGCAAAGAAAUCAUGUGUGUUUGAAGGAUGGUUCAAUUACAAUUCCUCCCUAUGCUCCUCCACAGAAAAUGCAAUCUCACUUCAUCCCUCCAGAUAUUCCACGAUCCAUCUUUGUUUACUUCCGUGGCUUGUUCUAUGAUGUAGGAAAUGAUCCAGAAGGUGGUUAUUAUGCGAGAGGUGCCCGGGCAGCAGUGUGGGAGAACUUUAAGGACAAUCCUCUCUUUGAUAUUUCUACGGAGCAUCCAACUACUUACUACGAGGACAUGCAGCGAGCCAUCUUUUGCUUGUGCCCACUUGGGUGGGCACCAUGGAGCCCAAGAUUGGUUGAAGCAGUUAUAUUUGGAUGUAUCCCUUCUAUCAUUGCAGAUGAUAUUGUCUUGCCAUUUGCUGAUGCAAUCCCCUGGGAAGAGAUUGGUGUUUUUGUAGACGAGAAGGAUGUUCCAAAUUUGGAUACUAUUCUCACUUCUAUUCCACCAGAGGAAAUAUUGAGGAAGCAGAGAUUGCUUGCCAACCCUUCAAUGAAGCAGGCUAUGUUGUUUCCACAACCUGCUCAACCAGGAGAUGCUUUCCAUCAAAUUUUGAAUGGGCUUGCUCGUAAACUGCCACACGGCGGGAGCGUUUACUUGAAGCCUGGGGAGAAGAUUUUAAACUGGACUGCUGGUCCAGUUGGUGACCUGAAACCUUGGUAGAAAGCUGGUACUGGAGAUGAUUGCAAUCACUCAAUCUUGGCUUCCAGCCUUAAUGCCACGCUGAAGGUGUCUAAUUAAUAUGAAGUGUAAAUCUUAAGCAUGUAAUUUAUUCAAUAAAGUAAAGAAUCUUUUAUUGAUAACAACAUCCAGAGGAUGAAACAUAUUACAAAAUCUUAAGUUGGAGGGUUUGUUGUAGUUCUGGAGGGCCACAUUCAUUUUUGGAGCUGUACGAUUUGGUGUACAAACAGCUAUGUUGGUUCCCUAGUGUACACUGUAGUCAUGUGUACUACUAACAUUGUGUUAUAAAGUCAUUACACUUUGUAUUACGUCCC